CUCAAAAGUGUCAUAUCAAAUUACUUUGACUGGAACAAAUCCACUUAAAGUGAAAACAGCAUUGUUGACGCAUAAUUAACGAUCGAGAUAACAAAAUUAUCUCUACGAGGGAAAAUAUCACUGUCCUUUUUGAAUAGCUGUAGUGGUUUCAACUGAUAAAAUUUUGGAUUGAUUUUUAGCUACAAUAAAAUUUUAAAUAAUAUAAAAAGGUAUAUAUAUACAUAAUUUCAGAUAUUCUGUUUUGGUGAGCAGUUCGUUUGCGCGAUUUUUUCAAAAUGCUUUCAUGUAGCACGUCUAGAAUGCUACACUGUAACGGGGCGGAACUGUAAUUUAUAGACGAGCCAAUCAGAGGCAUUUGAAGGAUUUCAAGGUUACGGCGCUGACUUCAGUGUUUAGUGCUAACGUACGAUGAGUUUACAAGGAAUUUUGUGCAAAACGUGAUAAUUGAGCGGCUAUAACAAACAAAACGGCAAGACUGUAAUUUGUGGACGGAUGAAUCAGAUCUGGUAAUCGAUAAUCAAACACACUGCUCCCCACAAUCCUCUAGCAUCCAAGAUUCCUUCAGGCUGAACAGAAACUUUAUGAAAUCUAGACAUUAAAAGCAUAUGGACUUGUUUAAGCUGUAUACAAAAAAGAUUUUGGAUUCAUGGACAUCUUUGCGCCUUGGUCUAAAUCAGGAGUCUGGAGGCCCAAACACACAACAAAAAGUAGGAUUAUUGUAUGAACAUCUACCUCAGGUUGUUUUGAAGUCUAAACACGAGGAUGAAAUAAGCGACUUUUUGGAAGAUUAUUUAGAUGAUGAAUUAAAUAUUAUUUGUGAAGACAAAUCUCAUGAAGAAGUUGCACGUCUAAUAUACGAAGGACUUCUUCUUUUUCGAAAUAAAAACACCAGUGAACUUCAGGAUAAAAUAGACAAACUGACAACUGGUUGUAAUCUUAAUCAAUGUUUAUCUCAAGACCAAACCACUGAUGCUGACGAUUUGACUUGCAGUGAGUCAGACUCAGGAAGUGGGGAGGACGUUGACAUGGAGUAAAAGCUUUCUUUGCAAAAUGUAUUAUAUUUCCUUGUACAUACUAGUUUGCUUUGGUUAUAAUAAUGCAAUGUCUUUUCUCUUAUCUGCUAUUAUUAGACAUGUGUGAGUUGCAACUUCCGAAUUUAAGAAUUUCGCUGACAUGAUGCGGUUAUUCUCUGAUUAACCUAAUAAACGAGUGACGUUUGGG